AUGUUAGCAAAAGAAGAUUAUUUCAAAGAGAAAUAUUGUAGUUAUCUUGUUAAACCAUCUAAACGAGCACCAUUUACUGCAAUUAUUAAUGGACUUGUUCUUGGAUGGGUUCAUGCAUUUAUAUUCUGGAAAUAUUCUGUAUUAAUGUAUUUUGCAGGUCAAGAAUUAAAGAAAGAUCCUUCACAAAUGCCAGAUAUUAUGAAAGCAUUGUGUUCUAUUAUCUUUGGAGCUAUGUCAGUAGGAUUUGCUGCAACAUAUAUGGCAGAUUUUGGUAAUGCAAAAGUUGCAGCUGAAACAAGUUUUGUUAUUCCUAAAGGUAAAUCUGUUGCACUUGUAGGACCUUCUAGUUGUGGAAAAUCAACAGUCAUUCAAUUAAUUGAACGUUUCUAUAAUCCAGAAAGAGGAACAGUAAAAAUUAAUGGAAGAAAUAUUCAAGAAUUUAAAUUAGCAACAUUAAGAAAUAAAACUGGAUAUGUUGGACAAGAACCAUUAUUAUUUGCUGGAACUAUUGGAGAAAACAUUAUUAGUGGUAUAUGUGGAAGUUGGACUGAUGACCAAUUAAAUCUUGUUGCAGAAAAUAUGGAUAAAAUUGUAGCUGCUGCUAAAAUGGCUAAUUGUCAUAAUUUCAUCUAUCAACUACCACAGGGAUAUAAUACUACAAUUGGUGAAAGAGGAACUUCAUUAUCUGGUGGUCAAAAACAAAGAAUUGCUUUGCUAGAGCAUUAA